GUGCGUCACGUGACAUUGUGUUCGUUUGAGCCGCUGCGGUCUCUUUCUCUCUGUCUCUCCCCCUUUCUCUCCCUCUCUCUCUCGUCUAUCUCACGUUUUAAAUGGCACGAAACGCGGAGAAGCAGCAGGGGAAGCUGAACAGACUGUGGCUCCAGAAAGAGAGAGACGAGGGACGCCUCAAGGACGUUCAUGAGCGGAGACCCAAGCUGUCUACUCUUAAUUCCGCCGCCUCUCUGAAAAAGUGGAUCCCCAGCAUCAAGAAGGAAAUAGAGUAUUAUUUACAGCAAUCGCAGCUGUCUCAUUACCCGGAGAGGAAGAUCGCCGAGUUCCAGCUGCGCAUGGAGGCCUUGGAACGAGAGUACAAGAGGUUCACCACCAAGCUGCGAGUGGUGGACCCGGCCUGCAAACACAAGCCCUGGACGCCGCGAGCGUACUGCAAGAAGUCCCCGGGCAUCGUGACACCCCCUCGGCCCCGUGAGUCACAUGACGGGAGCGGUCAGCUGAGCGACUCGGCCGGCGGCGGGACAGGAUGUCACAAACCCUCGUCGGACCCCGGGAGAAAGCCGCCUCUCGGGGUUCAAACCCUCGUCCCCGCCGACCCAAACUCAGAGGCCGCCUGUGCAGACCAAGACCGGCCCCUCACCUUUGAUCACGCGAGGCUGGCGGUGGCCGCCGCCGCGUUCAGGGGGCCGCCGCCGCCGCGAGGCUCCGCCCAGACACGCAGCCUCGCCCGGGUUCUGCACUCCGGCCUGCCGAACCUGAGUAACGCCGCGGCGAGGCUGACGAUUUUAGGGUCCGCGGUUGCACAGAAAGGCGCCGCCGAGGACCGCGAGGAGAGGACGGGUCACGUCCUGGGACUGGACUGUUACUCUUCGUCCGAUGAGGAGCGCGACACGUGAUUGAUGCUCCGCACUCGUUCAAAAGGGCGUCCCGAGCGGCGUCGUAUGGAAAGUUUUCUAUUAGACAAUAUCUAGUUUGUAAAGAAAUUAAGAAAAGCAGAUUAUUACACACACACACACACACACACACACACACACGCGCGCGCGCGCUCAUCUGGACACAUUAACAAGAUACCGCAGCAGCCAUUUGCUUUAAUGAAAGAAGAAAGACAAACGUCCCCCUUUCCCUUCUGGACACACACAAGACCUGCUUAAAGGGAAAUGCGUGCAAGAAGAUGCAUGAGAAAUGUGAUUCAUAUCAGGUCGACGACUUCAUCGUAAUUCUCAGGCGCUUCUCCAUUUGCGCAAUCAGUCAUCGCCGUCUGCACUGCAACAGCAGCGCCGAAGACGACCUGGUUAACCCCCCCACGGGUCCUCCUCCCACCUAACCCACCCUGUGCCGCUGCUGCUGCUUCUGGGAAACCGACUCGUCAGCGUGUGCCCUGCAGGCGCCACAGUGCCGUUUAUGGUCUUGACGUGGUUACACCGUCUUAGCUGGAGCUCUGCGUGCACACACACGCCGCACGGUGGGUUUCCCUUCGGCCUGUGCAGGGGCCCCUGAGAGAGGAAAUGAAACCUUCUUUUUGCUUAUUAUUAUUAAAGCCCACUAAAUGGUGCUAAUAAAUAUA